UUCUGCUACAUCACACAGCCAGAGAGGAGGGAAGAAUAAACCCUGAACCAAAGGACUCAAAUCGGACCCUGAAGACAACUGAACGUUUUUUAGGCUGCAAAUAGUUUUGAUUCCAUGCAGGAAGAUGGUCAGUGUGGUGGAUAGAGUGGUAUUUGUUUUCUUCGUCACAGCACAGGUUUUUACACUAGUCUGGUGCCAGGUGUGUCCACGUCGAUGCCAGUGCCCUAAAGAGCCUCCCAUGUGUCCCCCUGGGGUGCCUCUGGUUCUGGAUGAUUGCAUCUGCUGCCUGGUGUGCGCCCGUCAAAAAGGGCAGGCGUGCUCUGACAUGAACCCCUGUGACACACGUAAAGGGCUCCAAUGUGACUACUCAGCUGACAUCCACAAGAGGACUGGUAUUUGUACAGCUCCCAAGGUAGCUGUGUGUGUUAUAGACGGCUCUGUCUACCAGAACGGUCAGACCUUUUUCCCCAGCUGUAAGUACCAGUGCAUAUGCCGCGACGGGCAGGUAGCAUGUGUGUCACGCUGCAACGUGGAUGUUAUGCUGCCUGGACCAGACUGCCCCAUGCCACGCAGGAUCCAGGUGCCUGGAGAGUGCUGCGAGAAGUGGGUGUGUGAGCCCCAGGCUGGGGCCAGUGCACUGGGCAGCUUUGCCAUGGCAGCCUACCGUCAGGAGGAAACUGUGAGUUUUGACGCUUGGGACCGGAGCCUGAACUGCAUUGAGCAGACUACAGAGUGGGGAGCGUGCUCUCAAACGUGCGGCAUGGGGGUGUCCACCAGGGUCACAAAUAAGAACAGCCGGUGUGAGAUGGUGAAGCAGAGUCGGCUGUGUAUGAUUAGACCCUGCGAUGAGCAGCAGGUCCAGCUGACACAGCUUGCACAAAAGAGAGGCAGUAGGUGCCAGAAGAUGGUGAGGAGCAGCAAAGCCAUUCACCUCUCCUAUAAGAACUGCACCAGCGUCCAAGCCUACAAACCUCGGUUCUGUGGCUCCUGCACAGACGGACGCUGCUGCACCCCUCACAGAACCAAAACCGCGCUGGUGGAGUUCCAGUGUGCUAAUGGGAAAACUACACGGAGGCCCGUCAUGGUGAUCACGACGUGCGCCUGCCACCGCCACUGCCCUCGAGACAAUGCUGCGUGGCCGCCCUCAGAGCUGGGUUACACUGGCAUGCGAAUAUAGAUCAGGGAGUACCCAAAAGUUUAUUAGUGAGAUCACAAUUAUCACCAGAGUGUGGCUGAUGACUCUGUUUUAAAACCAUCUAUAUCUUUAGUAUAAAUGAAGAACUAUACACACUAUAUUCAAUAGAGCCAUAAUUUGGGACAUGUACACAUCUGACAUCUGCCCAUUGUGGUACAUGUAUUCAUGUAUUCAUUUUUUGAUUCCCCUGGUGAGGAAUUGUUUCACAUCCUGUGGAAGAUAAAAAAUCGUUACUUUUAUUAAGUACGAUGAAAGCACUUAAACCUUAUGACUGGAAUGGAUUCCAUCUGAUGCCUCUUCACUUUUGGAGAUCAGAUACAGCAUACUGCAAUCCUUCCAUAAUAGAUUUGGACAGAUGAGUGUAGGCUGUAAAGAGUCUUUUAAACACCCUCUAUUAAAGAGGUAGAGUAGUAUGAUGAUAUACAAGCACAGGGUUGUGUCAUGACUGUACGAAGCCUUUCUCCAACAUAGUGUUUAUUGCUAAUAAACGCAAGAAUACCCUGUAUCAGAAUAAAUGUUACUGUACAGCUUGACACUUGGAUUAAAAUUCACAUUGAUAAACAGACAGAAAAGAGGAGAGUGAGAGCAAAGGUUACAACCAGAGGCGAUCAGUGACCUUUUCUCCCACCGUGAAAACACGUUUUUGAAAUAGCUGAACUGUUUACUUUGGACAUGGUUGCAAACAAAAGCUCAACCGGUGAAAGAGAGUUCACUGUGGUGUCUAAGUGCCAUUUCUAACAUUGUCUUGAAAUCUUGCCUCUGUUUUAAAUGUACGCUUUUUAUUUCUAGUGGACUUGUUUCUGUAGUUUUAUUUAAAGUAGUGCACGUAACAGCUAUUUUGAUCAUGACAAAAGUUUUGUAAAUACUUGCUGUGUAGCCUGUUUGACCGAGUGUGUAUUGAAUACACAGUUAACUGGUAAUAUUAAACACAAAUUGUAUAUAUUUUUUCUGCUUGAUCCUUUUCAGCUUCUUUUUGUACGUUUCUGAACAAAAAUUGCAAUACUCAGCAUUUGAAAUA